AUGUCCUUCCCUAGAUUCCUCGCUACAUCAUCCACAAUCCUUCCUUCCACCGCCACUUCCAUUUCCGCAUCAUCAUCAUCAUCAUCAUCUUUGCCCGACUACGAGCGACUUCUUGCUCACAAUUCUCUUUGUUUAUUGCGAUGCCCUGGUACACAUUCGUCUCUGGCAUUCUUUCCAACUGGUUCCAACUCAGACCAAGUUGGGUUUGUUGUUUUGUCUGUUGAAAACUCCCAAUUGAAAGUGAGAGGAGGUUAUGCUGAAACUGAAGUCUUUACAUCGCCUAAUGCAUUAAGUCAUCGGAUUGUCAAUAUCUCUGUCAACCCGCUUGCUGAUUGUGAAUAUGCUAAAUGUUUAUUUGGAUCAGGCAAAUCUGCUAUUGGGUACUUGUUGGCUUACACUUCUCAUUUUGUUAACUACUACCGCAUUAAAAUCACAACGGAGGAGGGUUCUGGUAAGAUUACACCAAUGUUGGAAUUAGCUGGUAAUAAGUUGUUCAAAAGCUCCACAAUUGUCCAUGCUUGUUGGAGCCCCCAUCUAUUCGAAGAGAGUUUUGUUUUGCUUGAGAAUGGUAAUUUGUUUAUAUAUGAUCUGGAUUCUUAUCCUAGACCGUCUAUUUCAUCUCCGCAGUUGAGUGGGACAAAAGUAAAAGUUUUGUGGGGUGAGUCUGUUGUUUCUGAGAGAGGUGGUGGUUGGUUGAGCUGUGAUUUUAGUUGGCAUCCAAGAAUUUUUAUUGUUGUUCACUCAAGUGCUGCUUUUCUUGUUGAUUCAAGGUCCACGAGGUCAACUGUCACCCCUUUGUUACAAAUUGAUGUCAAUAAUGGAUCAAGUGAUAGAUUUGUUGCAUUCUCUAUUGCUGGUCCUGAUAGAUUCUACUAUACUUUGGUUUCCAGUCACAAAGUUUACCUUUGUGAUAUAAGAAAACCAAUGACUCCACUUCUACGUUGGACCCAUAAUGUUGCUAGCCCAAGAUAUGUUAGUGUUUCUAGUUUGUCUGAGUUAAGGUCACAGCCCGAGGAUGAUACAUAUAGUUGGGCUUCUGAAGCUGGUUAUGGCAUUCUAUUGGGGUCUUUUUGGAACUGUGAAUUUAGUCUUCUUUGCUAUGGCCCAGAUGUUAGAAAAAGAGAGUCCAUCUCUCCAUCAUUUUAUGCAUGGGGACUUCCCUCUGACCUCUCACUAACUACGAAUGAAUGCCGUUGUGGUUCUUGUCUUGUGAAAGAAGAAUGCUCUAAAGACAAGCUUCAUGAUUGGGUUAAUUGGCAAGACAAGAAAAAAAUUGUUUUGGGUUUUGGCAUUCUUGAUAAGGAAAUUUCUUCUCAGUUGUUUGAAUCUGAUAUGUUCGGUGGGUUUACGCUCAUUACAUUAACAUCUGCGGGGAAUAUUGAAUUACAUAGAUAUUGUGCCUCGUGGGGUUAUUUGCAAACUUCAGAAAAAGGCCAUGUUGAGCAACCUUUGGGUUUGAGUGAUUCUGUUUUGUAUAAAGAGAAAGAGAAUUAUCGUUUUCGCAAGACUUUUCUGUAUCAUAAAUUUGACUGGCUUGAUGGAUAUUUAAAAGCUGAUCUUGCCCGAAUAAUGAGUAAGAAAUUAGUUGGAAUCCUUGACAAUGAAACACCGGAAAAAGCUUGUAUAGGGAAGGAGUUCCAUGAGAUCAUAUGCCAAAAGUUGAACACUUGUAGCUCUGGUGGAGUUCAAGGGUCUAUAAAUACUCGUGAUGUGCUCAAAGACAUAAGCUUUCCAACCAGUAUUUACGAGAUUGCUUUAAGAAGUGUGUGGGCAAAUCUACCUAAGCAAGUUUUAAGCUUUGGCUUUUCAAUCUAUACAGAUCUCCCAGACAUUCCCAGGAAAAAGGAUAAUACUUUACCUCGUGAGUUCUUGGAAGUUCCAAGUCACCAAUCUCACUUACCUCCGUUUUUCCUUCGGGAUCCUUCAUCCCGUGGUACUAAGUGGUCAGGUAAGCAAAAGCCUAGUAGCUCUUUAGUGGGCCCAGUGACCCCCAUCCCAUUUUUGAUGACAUUUCAUAAAACUCAUAUGUUAGAAGCAGAGGAUAACCAACAGCCUGCCGACUCAGAAAUCGAUCACAAGUGUUAUGAAGUGAUGAGUGUAGCUACUGAAACAGAAUCUCAUAGUUGUGAUGACUUUAAGGUUUCUCUUGCUGAUGAUAAUGAGGACGUGUUGGACAGUUCUGAGCAACCGCUUGCUGCAUACAAGCCUACAUCAAUGGAGGAUAUCGAUGAGAACCAUGCCAAAAUGAUGUUUAAAGCUGGCAAAAAGAAUGAGAAAGACUUGAUUGACUUGGAUUGCCCGUUGAAGUAUAUGUUUGAUGAACAAGCAGCCAGAAGUUUUGAGUAUGGCGACACGAAUUUAUACCAACUACUCAAUAAACACUUUUCCACCUUCAGUAAAGGCAUUCAUAGCUGGGAGGGAAGACUAUAAUACCAAGCCUAACAUCCCCAAGUAAAUUUUGGCAUUAACACUUCUCAAAUCAGAUUAGUCAUCCUUUCUUCUUCAUCUGUUAAUUAUAUGUUUUCGUGUUUUAUUUGGUAAUGAUAUUGAUGUCUUGUGAGCACCGAGGUGAAUAC